AUGACGCCUCCCGCAGUUGGCUAUGGCAACUCAGAACCGAGCUCAUCGACGAGGUCCUCAAGCUAUACCGACAGGUCGCCAUCACCUUCUUCUCCCACUUAUCGACGAGCCCAUGUUGCCAGGCGUCGGCUCAACAUGUCUUCUCGCGUGCGACACCUCUUGACGCCCCGCAUCCUCACUCCUUUACUCCUCUGGUCGGUAUCGUUAUGGCUGGUCCACCGAUAUCUCUACGCUCUCCCCCUGCCGUCGUGGAAAACACUCUCGCCAGAGGACACCACUGUCCGUGUCGAGUCGCUGUUUCCCCCAACGCCAGACCGACAAGGGGAGGACAGCCUCGACUCGCUUGACCCCCGUUAUCGACCCUUCGCCCCCAUCCCACCUCCGUCACCUUUCCCUCGUUUGAGGCCCACUCGCUUCCUCCCAAAACACUGCAUGGAGAGCUGGUUCAUGGACGGCGAGAUCACGUGCACUCCCGAAGAGCUCGGUGAGGAGGACACUCUCGAUGCUACGUGGCUCUGGGUCAACGGCUCAGACUCGAGGUGGGCGGGCGAGAUGGCCACCUGGCGCAAAGUCCACAACGUCUACUCGCCAGAGCGACACUUCCGUGAGCAAAACGAGCUCAAGUACUCGAUGCGCUCCGUGGUCAAGGCUCUUGAGGGUCACAUCCGCACCUGUCAUCUCAUUCUCUACGACUACGCAUUUGACGUUCAGCGGGAUGUCGACCUGUUACCACAGUCGACAAUUGACCUCCUUGAGGAUGAGAUGAAACACCACCGCGCAGAUCGCAGUUCGGCCGAGAGGUACAAUGGUACUUCAGAGACCGAAAUCUCCAAUGCGCUGGCUAGCCACCUGUCUGAGAACUGGAGGGUCUCCCAGACACCGACUUGGUUGGACUUUUCCAAGCUCGACCCCAACUCGCCAGACCACCCCGCCGAGCAGUCGCCCCACAACGAGUCAGAGACCCAGUGGCGGGGCGAAGUCAAAUACCCGCAGCUUCGGUACGCUGCGCACUCUGAAAUCUUCCAUCUCCCCACGCGAGACCGCGCAGAUAUCGAUGAUGCUGGCGAAACCGAGUGGAGGGAGAAGGAGUGGAGGAAGAAGGCUCUUCCGUCGUACAACUCGAUGGCCAUUGAGAGCCGAAUCGGAUGGCUACCUGGGCUCGCAGACGUCGCCCUGGCCUUGAACGACGACUUUUUUAUCCUUCGUCCUCACGCCGUCUCCGACUUUCACUCGCCGCUUUACGGAAACGUUGUUCGAUUUGAUUGGGGGUGGUUCCAACAGGUCCGCCCGGUUCUCGAAGAGGCCCGUUUCAACGACGCUGGCGAGCUUGGUGGUCUGUGGCACGCAAACUACUUGCUGUCGCAACGUUUCCCUCAUCGCCUGCGUCCCUACUUUGCGCAUGCGCCCAAGAUCAUCACUCGCAGUCUUCAUCACGAGGCCAGUAUCAUGUUCCAGGAGGCCCUCACCAUCAGUGGCUCGCGCCGUUUCCGCGAGGUCAAGUUUGGGGAGGGUGACGUCCAAAUGCAGUGGCUCCUGACUGCGCUUCGUGUUGAGCGAUGGCGCGAAGCCCUUCUGUGGACCUGGGCCGUUGCCAACCUCGGUGGUGCCAAUGGUCAAUGGGGUGACGACUCCCGCGCUGCAAUCAAGAACCUUUUCGAACUCGGUAAAGGCGACGAGGACGUCGUUCAAAUCGAGGUUCAUCGGGGCGAGCGCAAAACGCUCCAAAGCAUGAAGGAGACCUUUGGCAAGGCCGGUUGGGCCGCGCCCAAGGCGACCGACUUCAAGUUCUCCUCGAUGGAUGGCCACAUUCCUCGCAUUCUCAAGCCGGGAUCGAACGAGAACCUAAACGACUGGUGUAAUCUGGACCUUCAGCAUUGCUUUGGCCCGUUCUGGGACCAGACCGACGCCAGCAUCCCCGCGGAUGAAAUGUUCAAGCGUCUGACCUUCCAGCAUCCGGAGUGCGGUGACUGCAUGAUCAUGGCACUCGUCACUGCGUCUGGCCCGAAGGGUCUCUCCGCCUUCUUCCCCGCAGAGGAUGCCACCUUUGUUAACCCGUCAACCAACCCCUCACCCUCAUUUGUGCCUGUCGCGCACCUGCCACUCACACCAACAUGGCAAGAGGCCGACUUUUCGAUGUCACGCGUUCUAGCAACAACGUCGAUGCCCGGCGAGGCUGUCAACCUCCGCGAAUAUACCAUGCAUCUGCUCUCACGUUACCAAUAUAGCCACGGCAAAUCUGUAUCCCACUUCCACAUGCUGAAGGACCCCAACCACGCUCUCAAGGUGUUUAACGAUAUGCUAGACAAGAACCCCAAAGUCUCAAUCCUGGGACUUAACGACGACAUUGAAAGGGGCUACGAGGAAGUGCGCAAGAUUAUGAACCGAUGGUUCGAGUCAAGGUGGCCAGAAAAGAACGUCUGGGAGCGGGGUUGGAGCGAGGAUCAGGAGUAG